AUGUCUCCGGCAGCCACGCUCGACGUCACUCCUCCAGCCGGUGCACCGGUCACGGGUGCAGACUCUGGGGCUGCUGUCUCGCCGAGAGACCCGGCACGGCCGCUGGCCGGCAAGGUGGCUCUGAUCACGGGCUCUGGCCGGGGCAUCGGCCGGGGCAUCGCGCUGGAGCUGGGCCGGCGUGGAGCCAACGUGGUGAUCAACUACGGGCGCAGCAGCUCGUCGGCCGAGGCAGUCGUGGCCGAGCUGGCCGCGUUGGGAUCCAAGGCGGUGGCGCUGCAGGCCGACAUCAGCAAGCCGGCCGAGGUGGCCGGCCUGUUUGACCGUGCGGUCGCGCACUUUGGCGGGCUCGAUAUUGUCGUGUCCAACUCGGGCAUGGAGGUCUGGUCGCCCGAGCUGGACGUGACGCAGGAGCUGUUUGACCGCGUCUUCGACCUCAACUGCCGCGGUCAGUUCUUCGUCGCCCAGCAGGGCCUCAAGCACACCCGUCCGGGCGGCCGCAUCAUCCUGACCUCGUCCGUGGCCGCCAGCCUGACCGGCAUCCCGAACCACGCGCUCUAUGCCGGCUCCAAGGCCGCCGUCGAGGGCUUCACCCGCGCCUUUGCCGUCGACUGUGGCGAGAAGAACGUGACCGUCAACUGCAUCGCCCCCGGUGGCAUCAAGACCGACAUGUUUGACGAGAACGCCUGGCACUACGUCCCCGGCGGCUACAAGGGCAUGUCCCAGGACACCAUCCAGGCCGGCAUCGCCAAGGCCUGCCCGCUCAAACGCAUCGGCCUCCCCAGCGACAUCGGCCGCGCUGUCUCCCUGCUCGUCAGCGAGGAGGGCGAGUGGAUCAACGGCCAGGUGAUCAAGCUGUCUGGUGGUUCGGCCGUGUAA